ACCUUUGAGACACUCACCCCCUCUUCAUCACGCACACAAUCUCCACCAACAACAACUACUUCAACUAUCCCCAUUCCUAUAAAUCCUCCCCAAAACCCAGCUUCAUUCCACAACAAACACUAACGCAAACACAAACCCAAACACAAAAAACUUCCGUCUAAAUUCCCAUUUUGCCCCUUUCUUUUUUUGUCAUUACCAUGGAUCUCCUCCUCUUGGAGAAGACCCUCACCGCACUUUUUAUCGCUGCCGUGGUGGCCAUCGCCGCCGCCAAGCUCCGCGGCAAGCGAUUCAAGCUCCCACCGGGACCAAUCCCUGUUCCGAUCUUCGGCAAUUGGCUCCAAGUCGGCGAUGACCUCAACCACCGGAACCUAACCGACCUCGCCAAGAAAUUCGGCGACAUCUUCCUCCUCCGCAUGGGGCAGCGCAACCUCGUCGUCGUUUCCUCGCCGGACCUCGCCAAGGAGGUCCUCCACACGCAGGGCGUCGAGUUCGGCUCACGCACGCGCAACGUCGUCUUCGACAUCUUCACCGGCAAGGGACAGGACAUGGUCUUCACCGUCUACGGCGAACACUGGCGGAAGAUGCGCCGCAUCAUGACGGUGCCUUUCUUCACCAACAAGGUUGUUCAGCAGUACCGGUUCGGGUGGGAGGAUGAGGCGGCAGGCGUCGUCGACGACGUUCGCCGGAAUCCUGACGCCGCCACGUCCGGGAUCGUUCUCCGGCGAAGGCUCCAGCUCAUGAUGUACAACAACAUGUACAGGAUCAUGUUUGAUAGAAGGUUCGAGAGUGAAGAGGACCCUCUGUUUCAGAAACUGAAGGUUUUGAACGGUGAGAGAAGCCGUUUGGCUCAGAGCUUUGAGUACAACUACGGUGAUUUUAUCCCUAUCUUAAGACCCUUCCUUAGAGGGUACUUGAAGAUCUGCAAGGAAGUUAAGGAUCGAAGGUUGCAACUUUUUAAGGACUAUUUCGUUGAAGACAGAAAGAAGCUUGGAAGUACAAAGAGAACGGACAACGAAGGACUCAAAUGCGCCAUCGAUCACAUCUUGGAUGCCCAGAAAAAAGGCGAAAUUAACGAGGACAACGUUCUUUACAUUGUUGAGAACAUUAACGUUGCUGCAAUUGAGACAACUCUAUGGUCAAUUGAAUGGGGCAUUGCUGAACUUGUAAACCACCCAGAGAUUCAGAAGAAGUUAAGGGAUGAAAUUGACAGAGUCCUUGGACCUGGACACCAGGUGACAGAGCCAGAUACCCUCAAGCUCCCUUACCUACAAGCUGUUGUCAAGGAGACACUACGCCUUCGAAUGGCUAUUCCACUCCUUGUCCCACACAUGAACCUUCACGAUGCAAAGCUUGGUGGUUUUGAUAUCCCUGCUGAAAGCAAGAUCUUGGUCAAUGCAUGGUGGCUUGCUAACAACCCUGCUCAUUGGAAAAACCCUGAGGAGUUUAGACCUGAGAGGUUCUUAGAGGAGGAGUCCAAGGUGGAGGCUAAUGGGAAUGACUUUAGGUACCUUCCCUUUGGUGUUGGGAGAAGGAGCUGUCCUGGAAUCAUUCUUGCAUUGCCUAUACUUGGCAUUACUUUGGGACGUUUGGUCCAAAAUUUCGAGCUCUUGCCUCCUCCAGGACAGUCCAAGCUUGAUACCACUGAGAAAGGAGGGCAAUUUAGUUUACACAUUCUGAAACAUUCUACCAUUGUCGCAAAGCCAAGGUCAUUUUAGUCUUGUGAAUCCCCUUAUUCUUUUAGUGUUUUACUGUAUUUUAUCAAUGCUGAAAAUGGGGAUGUUGUUUUAGUAUCAGCUUUGCUUCCCUAUAUGUGCUCACUGUAAAUCUCUCAACUUGAAAUGAUGGUUUUGAGAAUAUUUUGGAAUAAAGUUUACCCUUUA